UGUGUUCUCCCCGUCCUCCCUUCUCAUCCGCCCAUUCUUUAUCUCUAUUUGCUCCCUCUCAGUACCCCUUCUUUUCUCUUGUAGAAGCGGUCACCUUGUGAUGUGUGUUCUCUCCGCCUCUUCCCAGCUGAUGCUCGCGCCCAUUCAAUUUCUAUUCUGAGAGGAAGACUUGAGCACGAGAGGAAAGAAAACAAGAGGGGUCUGCGGGGGUAGCGCAGUUAAAACAUCCAUGGGUGGUUGUGUGGGUAGUCACCAUGAUUCUUCAGGCAGUUUAAACGAAAAUUCUGACGGAACUGGAGUGGCUCUGGGGCGUAACCAGGCCUUGAAGAGAGAGAAGCCCAAAUGGAAGAGUGACUAUCCCAUGACGGACGGCCAGCUGCGCAGUAAGCGGGAUGAGUUCUGGGACACGGCGCCCGCCUUCGAGGGACGCAAGGAGAUCUGGGACGCGCUCAAGGCCGCCGCCCAAGCCUUUGAGAGCAACGACCAUGAAUUGGCCCAGGCCAUCAUCGACGGGGCCAGCAUAACACUGCCACACGGCGCGCUGACGGAGUGCUAUGAUGAGCUGGGGAAUCGCUACCAGCUGCCAGUCUACUGCUUAUCCCCACCCGUCAACAUGAUCGAGGAGAAGAGUGACAUUGAGAGCCUUGAGGUCAGCGAGACCCCCCCCAGCGAGGGUCAGGAGUGCCAGCUACGCCUGCGUCUGUCCACGGGCCGGGACCUGCGCCUGGCGGUGAGGACCACGGAUACGGUCCAGCACAUGAAGCGGCAGCUGCAGGCGGUGGAGGGCGUGUCGGCGGCCACCCAGCGCUGGUUCUUCUCAGGCCGGCCGCUCACAGACAAGAUGAAGCUGGAGGAGCUGAAGAUCUCCAGGGACUACGUGGUGCAGGUGAUCAUCAGCCAGCCGCCCGCCCCCCUGCCCACCCAGGCACCGCCCGCCCCCACACCAACCACACCCACGUCCAUGCCCGCCACACUGCCCCAGGACCCCACGCCCGUAGAGAACUAGUGCCUGGCACCCGGAGAGACCACAAAGGGAGGACCAGCUUUUGACAAAUGGAGAUUUGGGGGCGGUUGUGAGGCAGACACGUGUCUGAGCAGAUGAAGGAGCAGGUCUGGAGACCCGAGCCGAGCUAUGUGGUCAUGUAAAGUGUUUGUUUAGAGUUGUGUGAGGGUUUGUUAAGCUGUGUGCCCUCCCUCUCUCUUCUCCUCUCUCCUCCACGAGACAGGGAGGUGUUUCUGCACGGCAUGCUGGGAUAGCAGCAGGGGUGUCUCUGUGUCUCAGCCAGAGCAGGAGGACUCUGCCUCCGCGACUGAAGACAACCAAACAGGAGCAGGAAGAGACUCCACCACAGGACCACCUGCAACCUGGCUUUUAAAACAUCUACCUUUUACAAAAACUCUUUCAAAAAAACUUGUCUUGAUUUUAGUGGAAACUGAACAACCAAAAAAUAAGAUCUGAGGAAACUGUAGGAAUAUACAGUAACAGCCCAUGUUCCAGAACCCCCUGCCUGCCUGUUCUCCAUCUCCUCUGUAACUUCUAGUCAGCCAGCUGUCAGUCCUUCUAUUGCUCUGUUUGUAAUGCCCCCCCCCCCCCCCCCCCCGGUAGUAGCCUUGACCUGUAGCCUCUUUCUGCAGAUGUUACAUGUAGCUCUGCCAGUCAACCCUUCCUCCCUCUGGAGCCUUCCUCCCUCGGGAGCCUUCCUCCCUCGGGAGCCUUCCUUUUAGUUGUGAUCUUGGUUUGUGAAGUUAGUAGGCCGUCACUGCGUCGGAUUAGUUCCCUUCUCAUUCCCCAGUAAACAUCCCAUCGUGUAAACGUGACACUUUCCCCCUCCUAUUGUCUAUUCAUACCUGAUAUUAGCUUGAGAUGAAAUACAGGAGGUUUCCACUUUUUACCAGUGCAGAACUUAAACUACAAUGUUGUACAAACUGAAUGUGCUGGGAUGAAGUGUCAUUGCAAAGUUUUUAAUGACACUGUGUUUAGAAAUUCUGCUUCACUGUACUUUAAGAUACUUAUCAGAGCAAUGUAUUUAGCAUUGCGUAAUCAUUUGUGUGUGUGCGGGUGAGGAGAGAGAGAGAGAGAGAUGUUUGAGAGGGUGUUGAGAGAGAUGUUUGAGAGAGAGAGAGAGAGAGAUGUUUGAGAGGGUGUUGAGAGAGAGAGACAUGUUUGAGAGGGUGUUGAGAGAGAGAGACAUGUUUGAGAGGGUGUUGAGACAUGUUUGAGAGGGUGUUGAGAGAUGUUUGAGAGGGUGUUGAGAGAGAGAGACGUGUUUGAGAGGGUGUUGAGAGAGAGAGACGUGUUUGAGAGGGUGUUGAGAGACAUGUUUGAGAGGGUGUUGAGAGAUGUUUGAGAGGGUGUUGAGAGAGAGAGACGUGUUUGAGAGGGUGUUGAGAGAGAGAGACGUGUUUGAGAGGGUGUUGAGAGACAUGUUUGAGAGAGAUGUUUGAGAGGGUGUUGAGAGAGAGAGAUGUGUUUGAGAGGGUGUUGAGAGAGAGAGACAUGUUUGAGAGGGUGUUGAGAGAGAGACGUGUUUGAGAGGGUGUUGAGAGAGAGAGACAUGUUUGAGAGGGUGUUGAGAGAGAUGUUUGAGAGGGUGUUGAGAGAGAGAGACAUGUUUGAGAGGGUGUUGAGACAUGUUUGAGAGGGUGUUGAGAGAGAUGUUUGAGAGGGUGUUGAGAGAGAGAGACGUGUUUGAGAGGGUGUUGAGAGAGAGACAUGUUUGAGAGGGUGUUGAGAGAGAGACAUGUUUGAGAGGGUGUUGAGAGAGAGAGAGACAUGUUUGAGAGAGAGAGAGACAUGUUUGAGAGGGUGUUGAGAGAGAGACAUGUUUGAGAGGGUGUUGAGAGAGAGACAUGUUUGAGAGGGUGUUGAGAGAGAGAGAGACAUGUUUGAGAGGGUGUUGAGAGAGAGACAUGUUUGAGAGGGUGUUGAGAGAGAGAGACAUGUUUGAGAGGGUGUUGAGAGAGAGACGUGUUUGAGAGGGUGUUGAGAGAGAGACAUGUUUGAGAGGGUGUUGAGAGAGAGAGAGACAUGUUUGAGAGGGUGUUGAGAGAGAGAGACAUGUAUGAGAGGGUGUUGAGAGAGAGACAUGUUUGAGAGGGUGUUGAGAGAGAGAGAGACAUGUUUGAGAGGGUGUUGAGAGAGAGACAUGUUUGAGAGGGUGUUGAGAGAGAGAGAGACAUGUUUGAGAGGGUGUUGAGAGACAUGUUUGAGAGGGUGUUGAGAGAGAGACAUGUAUGAGAGGGUGUUGAGAGAGAGACAUGUUUGAGAGGGUGUUGAGAGAGAGAGAGACAUGUUUGAGAGGGUGUUGAGAGACAUGUAUGAGAGGGUGUUGAGAGAGAGAGACAUGUUUGAGAGGGUGUUGAGAGAGAGAGACAUGUUUGAGAGGGUGUUGAGAGAGAGAGACAUGUUUGAGAGGGUGUUGAGAGAGAGAGACAUGUUUGAGAGGGUGUUGAGAGAGUGUUCAUGUGGACAAUAUGUUCUGGUGACGAGUCAGAUCUUAUAACAUACAUAGAACGGGUUACAACCUUAGCAGGACUCUAGGGGUUGUACUGUGGACAGACUCAGUCACACCAGUCGUCUUGUCCUUUACUCCAGUAGCUGUUCAGACUGACACCUCUCUCGCGGUGUGUUUGAGUGUGUGUUUUUAAGGUACAUUAAGACGUAUUCAUGAAAAAAAUGAAUUUCAGAAACCCAGUUGCAUAUUUUGAUGAAAUAGAAUGUUUUUAAUUAAAUUGACCAACAUUUGUACGCCACAA